GCGAGGAUGGGGAUGAAGGGGAGGAGGAAGAGGAGGCUUGCCCCGCGUCCUCGCCGCCGUGCCCCGUCCCCGCUGGCGGGGGUUUUUACCUGGUGCCCACAUUUUCGCUGCCGCCCGCGCCGGGCCGUCUGGAGCGCUUGGGGCGCGUCAUGGUGGAGCUGGAGGCGCUGCUGCCGCCUCCUGGAGCGGUCCCCGGGGGUGCCGGGGUGUGGGUGCCUGGGGGGCGCCCACCAGUGCUGCGCGGGUUGGUACGCGUGCUGAACCGCUCCUUCGAGAAGGCGGUGCACGUGCGGGCCUCACACGACGGCUGGGCUUCCUUCUGCGACCACCCAGCGCGCUACGUCCCGCGCAGCCCGCCGGGGGCAGGAGCGGGAGGAACAGGAGCAAGAGAUCCCAUCCUGGAUCCGGGUCUCGGCCUGGGCCCCGGCCAGGCGUCCGCCUCCUCGCCCGACGACGGCGGCCGCACCGACCGCUUUGCCUUCCAGCUGCCCUUUGCUGAGGGCGCGGGCGAUGGGGCGCGCCUCGACUUCGUGGUGCGCUAUGAGACCCCCGAGGGCACUUUCUGGGCCAACAACCACGGCCGCAACUACACAGUCCUGCUCCGGAUCGCACCCGCUCCCACACCCACUGAUGCCGAAGGGCUGCCCCAGCAGCAGCAGCUGGAGCUACAGCCUGAGUGCCAGGGUCCGGUGGAGGCUGAGGCCAGGCAGCUGAAGAGCUGCAUGAAGCCGGUGAGGCGCAGGCCUACCGAGGAGGAGCUGAGAACGAAGAACAUGGAUGAUAACACUGCUGCUAUGGCAGAGCGUCGUGAUGUCCAGGAGUCAGUGGGUCCCCUGGUGGCCCCCACCCCUCUCCGUCCGUGGCCCCAGAUGACCCUUCAGAAACCUUGUUUGUCCUGUAGGGUUUUCCACAGUCUGGAUUUGGCUGAUUGCAUCCAGGUUUCUGAAGUUGCAAUGAUUGGCCACCUCCCAGAAGAAGGCGACAUCCCCAGAAGCAGUCCACCUGUGGCUUUUACAGAGAUCCUCCAGGCACCAGCCAUCAGGAUUCCCCCCUCUUCUCCUCUCUGUGGCCUGGGUGGCUCCCCCAGAGAUCAGGCCUCGGGGCCUGAUGCAAGUGAGGGGGCCACUGGGCCUUUCCUGGAUCCCAGCCAGCAGCAGGUGGAGGCCACGUGGGAAGUAUCAAGUGAGAAUGGAGGGGGUCAGAAGGACCCCAUGGUGGGAGCUGUUAUGGAUGAGCCCCCUGGGGGUCUGGAGGCCGUGAGCGGGUUGGAGGAGCUGCUUGGUGAGGACACCAUUGACCAGGAGCUGGAGCAGCUCUACCUGUCCCACCUGAGCCGCCUUCGGGCUGCUGUGGCUGCAGGUGGGGCAGGGAGUGGUGGGGAGGGCCCCACAGAUGGGGGGACAUCCCCCAACCAUCCUCUGGGCAUACACACGGACCGCGACCUGAUCUUGAAGUGGCCUGGCCCUGAGCGGGCCCUGAACAGCGCCCUGGCUGAGGAGAUCACGCUGCACUACGCCCGGCUGGGGCGCGGUGUGGAACUCAUCAAGGACAUUGAAGACCCUGAUGAGGAAGGGGAGGGCGAAGAGGGGCUCUCCAUCACACCCUCCAGUCCUGAAGGGGACAGCCCCAAGGAGUCACCUCCGGAAAUCCUCUCUGGGGCCUGUUCUGUGGUAGCCACUAUGGGAGAUGUGUGGCUCCCGUGGGCAGAGGGCUCAGGAUGUGACAACCCUGUGGUUCUGGGUACGGAGGGUCAGUUCACUGGGGAUCCAGAGAAAGGGAUGGGCAAGGACACCAACUCUUUGCACAUGAGUAGGGUGAUAGCUGGGGUAACUGAAUCCCUAGGGGAGGCAGGGAUGGAAGCCCAGAUGGAGGUCACCACUGAAUGGGCAGGCAGCUUGGAUCCUAUCUCUGACAAGGAGCCAGCUGCUUCGGUCCUUUUGCGGGGGCAAAAUCCUUUGGGGGCUGAAGUCUGUCUGUCUAGUGUGGCCAGGCCUCAUAUGAGCUCCCAGGAUGAAGAGGAUACAGGCCUGAGCCUUGAAUCCCCAAAGGGGUCUCCCACCUUAGCAGCCCCUGCAGAAUGUGUGUGUGCAUUGCCUCCCCAGCUCCGGGGGCCUUUGACCCAGACUCUGGGGGUCCUGGCUGGGCUGGUGGUUGUCCCUGUGGCUCUGAACAGUGGUGUGUCCCUCCUGGUGCUUGCGCUGUGCCUAUCUCUGGCCUGGUUCUCGUAAGGGCUGCUUGUGGGAUCAGAAAGAUCAGGCUUCCCCCUCUCUAGAAUUUGGGGAGGGGUAGUCCUGUACCACCCAGAGGGUUGAGAUGGGAUAUGUGGCCUGUGCAGUGAGCGGACAUUCGUCCUUUGCUUCUGAGAAUGCUCGAGUAGAGAGGAGCCUUCCUGUCCCUGAGAUCUCCAGUCAGCACAGGGCUCCCUGUGGUGGUACCAGUGGAGAGGAGCAGGGGACAGGUGGCUGGUGUGAGUGAGAGGGACUUUUAGGAUGGAAC